CGUCAGCAUCGCCGGAAACAGGUAUGAGGGAUCGAAACUGCCAGAAACAUCAAGAGAUACAGGAAUAAACAUGUUAUUAAACAGUUUUAUUUAAGAUCUGCACAUGUCAGACUGUUCGUCGAGUAUCAAGAUGCGGAUAUAAUCUCUCUCUAAGGAAUGUAUUAAACUACAUCGUGUUUUCAUCCGGAUUGCCGUUGCGUUGCUCAAACAGAUUAGCUGUUAUGCUAAUGCUGUAAACAUAGGUUACGAAAAAGAAACGUUAAUUUAUUAAUCAUAAACAUUUAACAUCGUGACAGUGUCAUGACAGUGAACAGAUAACAUAUAUAUAUUUAAUUUCUGUGCUCAUUUACAGUGUUCAUGCACGUUGGGGAUCAAAUAGGACACGUAGACAUAACAGAUCUGUUGUGACAUUUAAUCCCUUCUGACAUUUAUAUCAUAUUUUCGGGAAAAUAUCUAAUAUUUCCUUCUCCUAUUUUUAAUCCCGAGAUAUAUCUUGAAUGUUAAGUACUUUUCAUUUGGACUUUUAAGCUGAGAAACUGGUGUACUGAACCUCUGGAAAAGGAUUUGUUACUCAUUUGGACACAUAACCUGAGAAGCAGGCAGGAUGCCGUUGCUGUUUUUGGAGCGGUUCCCUUGGCCCAGUUUACAGACAUACACAGCCCUGAGCUCGGUUCUGCUUGGUGGGUCCAUCUUAAGUGCCUACAGCACAGUCAGAGACCCAGAGUUCUCCACUCCCCUGACAGAAGACGCACACACUGAAUCCAAUGAGGAGAUCAAGCUGGAAAACCUUGGAAACCUGGUCACCAGUGUGUUACUUUAUCUCAUCACAGACACUCUGUUUGUCUGGGUUAUGGUGAACACUGCAUGCUGCAUCCUCAUGUUAAUAGCUAAAGUGAUCCAACGCAUUGUUUUUGGGCCACUGAGGGUCAGCGAGAAACAGCAUCUGAAAGACAAAUUCUGGAACUUCAUCUUCUACAAGUUCAUCUUCAUCUUUGGUGUCCUGAAUGUGCAGCGGGUGGAGGAAGUGGUGCUCUGGUGUCUGUGGUUCUCUAUGCUCAUCUUCCUCCAUCUCAUGGUGCAGCUCUGUAAAGACCGCUUUGAAUAUCUCUCAUUUUCUCCCACCACUCCGAUGAGCAGUCACGUUCGCGUCCUGACUCUUCUGGUGUCAAUUCUCGCGUGCUGUGGAGGUCUAGCAGUGCUCUGUGUAAUCGUCGGCCAUCUUCACAGCGCACACACGGUUGCUUUUAUGACGGCUGAGUGUAUGUUGGUGACGGUACGCACGGGACACGUUAUCAUACGGUACUCCAUUCACCUGUGGGACUUAAACCAUGAGGGCACCUGGGAGAAUAAGAGCUCAAAUAUCUACUACACCGACUUCAUCUUGGAGUUGGUCAUUCUCUGUCUGGACCUGAUGCAUCACAUCCACAUGCUGCUCUUUGGUAACAUCUGGUUGUCCAUGGCCAGUCUGGUGAUCUUCAUGCAGUUGCGGUAUCUCUUUCACGAGGUCCAGAGGAGAAUCCGCAGGCAUAAAAACUAUUUGCGUGUUAUUGAUAACAUGGAGUCCAGGUUUGCUGUGGCGACACCCGAUGAGCUUGUGGCUAAUAAUGACGACUGUGCCAUCUGCUGGGAUUCAAUGACUACAGCACGCAAGCUGCCCUGUGGACACCUGUUUCACAAUUCCUGUCUGCGCUCCUGGCUAGAACAAGAUACUUCCUGUCCCACGUGUCGUAUGUCACUAAACAUCAACGAAGGUGGCAGAGAGCGACAGGAGGGCCAAAGAGGGCCGCUGGAUGAAACCGUGGCCGCUGGGCCGGGAGCAGACGCUAGACAGCACCUCAACCAACACAAUCACUUCUUUCACUUUGAUGGGUCCCGCAUUGCCAGCUGGCUGCCCAGUUUCUCUGUGGAGGUCAUGCACACCACUAACAUCCUGGGCAUCGCACACGCUAACAACUCGCAGCUCAACGCCAUGGCCCAUCAGAUCCAGGAGAUGUUUCCACAGGUCCCUUAUCACCUGAUCCUGCAGGACUUACAGCUCACACGCUCUGUGGAGGUCACCACUGAUAACAUACUGGAGGGAAGGAUACAGGUGCCUUUUCCAACACAGCCUGUGGAGCGCUCACCCAUACAAGUAAACCCUGCUUCGGAAGAGUCAGCCGGUUCCAGCAGCAAUUCAGAGGUCAUCGCUCCUGCGCCCGAAGACUUCGAGGUACGGGGAAGUCGCUUUUCAAAAUCUGCGGAUGAGAGACAAAGAAUGCUAAUGCAGAGAAAAGAAGAGCUACUCCAGAGAGCUCGCAGACGUUAUUUAAUUAAAAAACCCGAUGAGGGAGACCUCUCCUCCUCGGCCGAUUACGACGAGGAUCCACCUUCUAUAGAGGAUGAAGACUCCGACUGGGUGACCCUGCGGCGCAGGAGGCUGGCGGCCGCAGCCGAGAGACGCAUGCAUAGGCAGACAGACCCGCCUCUGUGAGAUGAGCUCCACCCACGUCCACGUGUCCGGCACUGCCCAUAUAUAAUCCUGCCCACGGCUUAAUCAUCGAAACGGAAGCCGUUCUUAUUCCACCUAUCUUAAGCCGAGCGAAAACGUGCAUGAUGCGACUUUGCUGUGAUACAAUCCUGCCCGAUUGCAAAAAUCUUAACUACUACACAACAAAAGAUGCCCAUUUCAUGAGAAUUAUUUGAUUUGAUUAUUUAAAUUACAGUAAAGAAGGCAGGUUUGAUAUUUGAGUCAAAUCUUUAUUAAAUUCAUAUUUGAGUGACUAAAGCAUUGGUUGUUUGGCUGCUUGCAUGUUUCAAACAUUAGGAACGUUUCUGAAAUAUUAGAUUAUUGCGUUCCAUUCAAAAUAUUUGGUUCAAAUGUUGGAUUUUAGAAUUAGGAUUUUGUGUAAAAUUAACAAUUUAAUUAAAUUUGUUUCAUACUUAUAUUUAGAUUUGAGUAAAGAUAUGGCGUUUGUAUUUGGCAUCUGUAUGUCAGUUUUGUUGUUUAUUGGUUUGGUGAAGAAAGAUAUCGGCCUAUAGGUGGCUUGUGAAACUUGAAUCUGAGCUCUUAUAAUGCCAACAUGGCAUUUUUUUGGAUUGUUAAGAGGGAACGUCGUGGCGUAGAUCCUGCUGUCCGUAAAGAGUUGACAAAAACUCAUCUAUUGCAUUUUGACAGAUCAGUGCAUUGUAAGAUUUGUUCAUUUAGUCGUGUGAUGCAGUUUAUCUUGCCGUAGUGUGUUAUUAAAAACGCAGGUUUGAUUUAAUUUAUCUUGAGUUUUGUUUAUCUGUCGACUUUAAAUUUAUUUCUGCACUUAAAUUAUUUUCUCAAUCAGAAAUUAUGGUCUCCUUUCUCACCGUUAUAUUUUUUUUUAUUUAAGAUCUGCACAAUUCAGUUUUAAUUUUAAUAUUGUCACCUAUAGUUUUAAGUGGAAAGCAUAUAUUCAUGUAUGUUUUAGUGUAAAACGAGUACGGUUGAAUCAAGUGAAUUAACAGUUUAACAAUCAAAUUAGUUUUACUCGUGUUUCAUGUAUGAUGGCCCUAUGUGAUGGACGACUAGAAACCAUAUUGAGUCGAGUUGUUUGGAUAGGGCGUAUAUAAAAUGGUCAACAGGUCAGUUUUGUAGCAUUUUGUUGUUAGAAUUUUUUUGCAUUUGUAUUUAAAUGGUUAUAAAGAUGUGUACUAUUCACCGUACUAAUGUACUAAAAUACUAAUGCCUAUAAAUUCUUAUUUUUUUACUGGCCCACGAUAUACAUCACAGAUAACAUGCUAUUUUGGCAAUUCAGAACCUUCAUUUUGAGUUCGAUGUGGAUAAGCUUUUUUGUAAGUUAAUAUAAAUUUACGUUAUGUUUAAUAAAAAAAUGCCUUCUGUUGAAUCAAACAGGACUCAAAUCCACAGUCACCAGUUUUGUGUUUCAUUGAGAAUGUAGUGCAUUUUUUCGACCUCAUAAGCCGUAUAUAUCUCUAAUGUAUCUCUAAUGUUUUACACUGUGAAUAUACUGUUUACAGCUCUAAAAUUUGGUCACUUUUAUGUGAAUGAUUUUUUCUAUGCAUGAAAUCAAUGUUAUGUCUAUAAACCAUCAAAUAUUUCCAAAGAUAUCCCCAGUUUUCUCUACUAAAGAUGAACAUUGUGAAACCAUAGGCUUAUAUGUUUUGGUCGCACAGAUGCACCUUUAACAGUAUUUCUUAAAACUACUAAUUAUUAAAUAUCCACUGGACUUUGUUCACAUGAUAUUGUUCAUGCUGUUUGCUGGAGUGAAGAUUGCUCUUUGUACAACAUUUAUUAAUUUGUGCCUGGAAUUAACAGUGGAUUUAAUAAUAGUUUGAUUUAUGUAAAUAAUUUUGUAAUAAAGACUGUAUAAUACAUGUGAAAUGACCCUGUACAAAAUAAAAGUCACAGCUGCUUUAGAGCUUUUAAGCAUA